AUGUCAAGUACAUCUGAUUCCACACAGUAUACUCUUUCAGGUAUUGAUCAAAAUGCAGCGUCACACAGUAGUACUAUUAGUGAUAAUAAUGCUAUGAAUACAUCAAUAAAUGUCACAAUCUCGCAGAUAAAUGAUGCUCUGGCAGUUGUGUCAAGGAGCACGACUUAUGAUGUUAGCGAUCAACCAGGUUUUGACGAAGUUAGUCCAUCAAAUCUUGGUUUAGCAAAUUCGCAACAUAGCAAUACUAGAGAGAAAGCUGCAGCAAUAUAUUUAACUAAUGCAAACAAACAAAUAAUAGCUCGCAUAUUCAAUAAUUAUUGGAAAAUUAUUUUGUGGGGGAUUUCGUUGGUAUCAAAAUAG